GCAUUCUAGUAGGAAGUAGAUCACUAUUUGAGACUCACUUCUCGCUUCGCUUCAUUGAUACGACAAGCGUGUGUUAGCUUAUCGUUCGUCUGGGUUUACUGAGCGAGGCAGACAGCAAUAAUGCCGGGGGUUCUGCUGGGAGAUGUUUUUCCUAACUUUGAAGCAGAAACGACCAUCGGAAAGAUCAAAUUUCACGAUUUCCUGGGAGACUCAUGGGGCAUCCUGUUCUCUCACCCUCGAGAUUUCACCCCAGUCUGCACGACUGAGCUGGCUUGUGCUGCUAGAAUCAGCGAUGAGUUUAAGAAGCGAGGCGUGAAGAUGAUUGCUUUGUCAAUUGACAGCGUUGAAGACCACAACAACUGGAGCAAGGAUGUGAUGGCAUUUCACUCUGAAACAGCAGGCGGUCCGUUGCCAUUCCCUAUUAUAGCAGACGAUAAGCGAGAGCUCGCUGUUCUUCUUGGGAUGCUGGACCCUGAUGAGAGAGACAAAGAUGGAAUGCCUCUUACUGCUCGCUGUGUGUUUGUUAUUGGUCCUGAUAAGAGACUGAAGCUGUCCAUCCUCUAUCCUGCAACCACUGGGCGCAAUUUCACAGAGAUCCUUCGGGUUAUUGAUUCCCUGCAGCUCACAGCACAGAAGAAAGUUGCCACACCUGUAGACUGGAAGUCUGGAGAUGAAGUUAUGGUCAUCCCUUCGCUGUCAGAUGAAGAAGCCAAAAAGCUUUUCCCUGCUGGUUUCACCACCAAAGAACUGCCUUCUGGGAAGAAAUACCUGCGUUAUACCCCACAGCCAUGAACCCCUCAGAAGACAUUCAAAAGAAAGGUGUAGAAAGUUUUAGGCUGCUUUUACCUAAGCACUUAUUAAAUAUUUAAAUUGAAGUAAGCCUUAAUCCUGAGACACACAAAAGGUUAAACUAAAAAUUUAUAUUUUCUCAUAUGUUGUCUGAGAAAGUCUAAUGUUUAAAAGUAUUUCACACUAAUGUGUUCUGCCUUAAUAAAAAUUUUUUCUUCAA